CCACACAUAAGAAAGGACGGAAGCCCUGACCGAGGUAACGUGCGUAUUGAAAUAUUGUUGAUAACCCACAAAAUGGCAGAGAAACCCCGUCUUAUUGACUUUGUGAAGAGGACUCGGACGCGGCCAAUGAGGCUGUUGCUCCUCGGCCUACCGCGUACAGGAACAGAAUCUUUGAACGCCGCACUAGAGGAACUCGGGUUCACAGUCUUUUCCUUCCAUGCCAUGUGGCCUACUUGGCAGGAGACAUUCCCGUUGUGGACCGAGGCCAUCGAGGCCAAGUACCAUAACCGCUGCAAGCCGUACGGACGUGAAGAGUUCGACAAGCUGCUUGGGGACUUUGACGUCGUUAAAUGUCCCCACGCCCUUCUCUUUGCCGAGGACCUCGCUGCGGCCUACCCCGAAGCCAAGAUCAUCGUCACGAACCGUCCCUACACGCCAUGGCGUGAGUCUAUGGACAGAACUGUUUUUGCGAUACGCCGCUCUUUUGUCUUCCGCCUGCUACAUCCGCUGGAUCCUUUCCGCGCCGCUUGGUGGCGCCUCAUGCGAUUGGUCAUUGACACAGCCUACGGCGGCUGGGCGGACGCGGUCCCCGGUCGUGUGCCCUAUGACGAGCACCAUACCCGUGUCGAGGCUAUCGUAAGGGAUAACCCCGAGCGGUUACUGGUCUUCUCGGGCUCUAAGGACGGCUGGGCCCCGCUAUGCCGGUUCCUGGAUCUGCCGGUGAGGGAGACGCCGUAUCCGUGGAAGAACUCUGGGCAGGAUUUCUGGCAGACUCAAGGACUUCGAGAUGGAGAGAGGCUCCUGCUACGAAAGCUUGCUGGGUGGAUUACGAUAUGUGCGGGAUUCGGAGCAGUGAUCCUUCAGUUUGUCAGACUUCGAUAGGAAAAAGAGAUGUGAAAAGUACCCAAGAGACUUGGAAAGUGAAAACGAUAACAAAUCAGGGCCCAGGCGUGUGUACUACUCGUUUGCACUUUCAACAGGAGCGAUGAAAUUGAUCACAAGUCUGGGGCCUCCCUA